AUGACAAAGAAGCUGUUUCUCCUAGACGUCGACUGUGGUGUGGACGAUGCCCAGGCAAUAAUGAUGGCCCUGGCAGCUCCUCACGUACAGGUCUUGGGUAUAACCUGUUGCCACGGAAACACGUCAAUCAACAACGUGUGCAGGAACGUGCUCCGAGUGCUUAAAGUUUGCCACAAGUCAGAGAUUCCCGUGUACCGAGGUGCGGAUGUCUCUCUCCUUGGAAAAGAGUUAAAUGCGCACUUAUACCAUGGGAAGGAUGGUCUGGGUGAUGCUCCAGACUCCAAAGCUCCAGGGCUGGAGAACAUACAAACUGAACAUGCAGUAAAUGCCAUGAUACGGAUUGCCACGGCACAUGCUGGCCAGGUUACGCUUGUGGCCACUGGACCCCUGACAAAUGUUGCGUUGGCUUCUAAAAUGGAUCCAACUUUCCCAUUGAAGUUAAAACAUUUGUACAUCAUGGGAGGGAAUAUGGAAGGCAGGGGGAACAUCACCGUGUGCGCUGAAUUUAACUUUGCAGCUGAUCCAGAAGCAGCUCAUAUUGUCCUGAAUUAUUUCGCGUGUCCCAUGCACAUCAUAACCUGGGAAUAUUGUCUUUACCAUCCUCUGUCUUGGGCGUUCUUCGAGGAGUGGAUACAUCAAGGCACAAAGAAAGCUUCCUUUAUGAAGAAGAUAACGGCACACAGCGAAACAAUUGCCAAGAGCAAGCAAGGCAACAGAGAUUUGUAUAUUGUACCGGGUUUUGUGUCCUGCGAUUCUUAUGCAAUGGCCACGGCUAUUGACGAGAGUGUUGUCACUGAGCACAUCCAUGUGGGAGUGAGCGUGGAGUUACAGGGGUCACUAACCAGAGGGAUGAUGGUCCUGGACAAAUCAAACCUACUGAAAAAACAACAUCGAGCUUUUAUCGCAACAAAAUGUGAUAUGGAGAAGUUUAGUCAAUUUAUGAUGUCCGCUCUGAAAUAGUGAGAGGUUAAUAGUAACAAUAGCAACAUCAGCCUUGUAACUGAAUUAAUAAAGUGUGUUUAUAUUUGCACCUA